UGCGGAGGUAAUUUGCGUGUGUUGUUAAAUGAUUACGUGAGGUCGCAUUUGUGAGUUGCGAAGUGGCGCGGAGGGAAAUAUGAAGACGAGUUGAGUUCAUAAAGCAUGUGUGAUUUUCGGUGAACAAGUGAUCUGAUGUUGCCAGUUAGUUUUUAGUGAUUUAGACUGAUGAAAUGUACUCUUUCCCUUUUACUUGUUUUGAUCGCCGCAGCCGACCGCUCCGCUCCGCGCCGGCAUGGCGCUGCUGUCGUGUCUCCGCUCGUGCUGCUGCAAGUCCCUCAUGGUGCUGGUGGGGCUGUACUUCUGCCUGCAGUACUUGUUCAGCGGCAUGUUCGAGCCGCACCGCCUCGAGCCGCUCUUCCUCGUCAACUCGUCGCACGCGCGCCUGCGCGUGGUGCGGCCCCGCGCCACCCCGCCCCCUCCCGCGGCGCUGGUAGCCGUCAACGGCACGCCGCCCGCCGCCGGCACGCCGUCCCCCGCCCCCGCUAGUUCCACCCCCGCCGCCGUCGCCGCCGUCGCCGCCGCCGCCUACAACUCCACGACCCCGACCCCAGAGUCAGGCCGGCCCGAGUGCCCGGCCAUCCCUCCGGACCUGCAGGGGCCCGUGAAGGUGGUGACGGAGGCGCCCCCCCUGGAGGAGCUGGAGAGGAUGUUCCCGAGCCUGCUGCCCGGCGGCCGGUACCGGCCGUCCAGCUGCCGGGCGCGAGACCGCGUGGCCGUCGUCGUCCCGUUCCGCGACCGCGCCCAGCACCUCGCCAUCCUGCUGAGGAACCUGCACCCGGUGCUGCAGCGGCAGCAGCUCGACUACGGGGUGUACGUCAUCGAGCAGGCAGGUGACGGCCCGUUCAACCGCGCCAUGCUCAUGAACGUUGGGUUCGUGGAGGCUCUGAAGCAGUACAGCUACGACUGCUUCGUCUUCCACGACGUGGACCUGCUGCCGGAGGACGACCGCAACUUGUACAACUGCCCGGAGCAGCCCCGGCACAUGUCGGUGGCCGUCGACUCCCUGAAGUACAGGUUACCUUACGAUGACAUAUUUGGUGGCGUGAGUGCCAUGACGAAGGCGCAGUUCGAGAAGGUGAACGGCUUCAGCAACAUGUACUGGGGGUGGGGGGCGGAGGACGACGACAUGUCGAACCGCAUCAAGUACCACGGCUACCACAUCUCGCGCUACCCGGCCAACGUGGCGCGCUACCGCAUGCUGACGCACCACAAGCAGCGCGCCAACCCCAAGCGGUACGAGUACCUGCACGCCGGCCGCAAGCGCUUCCUCAGCGACGGCCUCAGCGACCUGAAGUACCGGCGCCUGCGGCUGGAGCUGCCGAGGCUGUACACCCAUGUCCUCGUGGAGGUGGAGGCCCCCAGCUGAUGGGGUGCCGUGCUGCCGUGGCGCGGCCGCUAGGUCGCGCCGUGCCAGGUGCUGUCCCCGGGGAGGGCGGGCGCGUGGGUCGGUGGGGAGCUGCCACAAGCCGGGCCGAGAAGCCAGCCGAGUCUCGCACAUACAGCUCUUCGGCUGGUACGUUUGAAUAACAAAUCCAUAGGUAUUACAAUUUAAGAUCAUGCCUAAAUGCUACUUCCAAAUUACAUAUAACUACUACAUGAAAUAACUUUUUAGAAACUCGAAUUUUAGCAUAUAAGCAUAUGGUGUUUUCUAUAUCAUCUCCACUUUUCAUUGCAAGAAGGUAAAAAAUAUAUAUGGAUAUAUUUCAGAAAGAAAUCUAUUUUGAAUAAAUUUUUUUUUAAUAUUAACAUGGCUGUGGUCAUUACUUUAAACUUGAAGAGAAACACAUUUGCUUGCUAUGUCCACAUCCCUGAGAAUAGUUUGAUUUAUAACUUUACCUCAUUCGCUUAUGUAUAGUACAUCUAGCUAGAGUUCAUUAAUUGGAUCAUGUUUGGAUAUAGUUAGUGUGUCUGCUGACAUGUUUGAUCACAUUAACAUUGUUGUGUGUGUCUCGUCUCAUAAGACUGUAGUGUGGACAAACGCGGAACGAGACUGUAUUGCUUCCGGAGCUGCUUGCAGCAUUUCCUCCGCCCUCCCCCCACCGACCUGCAGUCCAUCUUCCCCGGAUAUUCAUGCUCGCUGCUAGUCAGAAAUGUGAUUGUGAUAUGUCGACUCUCAACUGAUGUAUAAAGAAACAUGUUUGUUCCAAUUGAACAUUUUCGUAGAAUCUCUUUUAAUUUAUAGCAACGGAAAAAAAAAAUAAGUAUCUGGUCAUGUGAAUGUGUGUGUGGGGUUGCUGUAUCUUCUCUCUCUCUCUCUCUCUCUCUCUCUCUCUCUCUCUCUCUCUCUCUCUCUCUCUCAGGUAGGUGGUAGGUCAGAACUUAUCAUUCUCGUGAUUUAUAUAUGUGUAUCAAAAUUCACUUCUAAAAAGCUAACGUACUGAAAACUAUGUGAUAGAGUAAAUUUUUGCAAGUUUUAACUACUAACAUUGUGAUUUUGACUUAAAGAAACUUUUAACCUUUGACUGCAUUGGUCUCUUGAUAAUCUAGAAUCUCUUGGUUUAAGUUUUUUUUUUGUGUACAUGUCUGUAUUCAUGAAAAUGCUGUAAUGAUCUGAUAUUGAAUCUGAUAAACAUACAUACUCAUUAGGUGGUAAUAGAAAAUUUUGCUCAUCAAAACAUAGAUGUUGUAAGUAAUGAAUCAGAUAUAUUUUAAUGUUUUUAUUUGUUUUCUCUAUUAAGGAAUACUAUGGUAUAAAUGUUUUUAGAGCUCAUAACAACUUCCCAGUAGUAGCUGUCACAUUUAGUUUUUUUUUAAAAAGUUGAACAAAAAUUUCAGUUCUCUGAAGUUUGGUAACACUUCUACUGGUAGUUUGAUAUAAUGAGAAAACUGAACUGAAUUGAGAAUAUAUUCAAUGUAAUCCAAUGUUUGUUUAUGACUUGUGCAUUCCAGUUGGUCACAGUCACGGACUGUGUGGGUACUUGCUUGCAAAGUUCAUACGGGCAUCUGAGCUUCCAAACUAUGUGAACACGGCUGCUUCACUCGUUUUUGGAAACACUGUUACAAGCCAUCACGUAUUUUAUUUUAACUAACAUUCCACUUUGUUUUAUUGAUAGUGUAGUUUUUCCUUUCUUUUUUUGAUACAAUAACCCAUUGUAUAUGUUUGUUUGUGAGAACCAUAAUUCUAAACGUAAAGUGUGGUAUAUCUCUUGCGGUCGUUUCUUGAUUGUGCGUGCCAGGGGGUGUUCGUCGUGAAAGGUGCCGUAUUGUGUCUGAUACGUUGUGGAAGCGUUACGUGCCCGUUCAUCUGUUCACGUGGCAGCGAGGAUCUAUAGUUUCGACUUGUUCCACUUAGCAUGGCACUUGUUCAGUAACAGCAAUACUGUAUUCUCUGAUCUUUGGGUGAGUCGUGCGACAAUUACAUUUAUAAUAGGGGCUGUGGUUACAUCGUAUGUGUUUUCUUGUUUUGUGUAGUCUGUAAAAAGUGAAUACGUAUGUUGUUAGUAUGUUAAUAUUGUUAUAUUUGUUUGUAUGUAGAUAUUGUAUUUUAAUAAAUGUAACAUGCCUCAAAUUGCGUAAAUGAUGUACAAGUAACAGUGAAGGGCAGCUCAUCCUGUUUGUAUCACAGCCUUCACUUCUUUUUACACUUGCACGACUUAGUUUUACUUGCUGAAAUUUUUCAUUAGUUAUGUGCAGAUAAAAAUUUUAAGACUUCAACAUGUGUUGCAUAUCACAGCAGUGUAUGUAUUAUUACAUCUAAGCUGUUAUUAUUUAUACCAAUUAUUAUAUACGUACCUUUAAAUUUUGUAUUGUGAUGUAAUGGUGCUGAUGUAGUGAUCUUUACUUAUCAUCUUGAUGAAGCGUGCUAAAUUCAGCAUCUUGUGUCAGUAUUAGCAGGAAGUUAUACCUAAUACAUAAAUGUAAUUUACUAUGUUAGCCUUUUAACCACUGACAUGUUUGUGUAACAGGCAUAAUGAAAAUGAGAUAAGCAUUGCAAUUUUCUGCUAUACCUACAGUUCAGGUAAAAUUUUACGUGUGAAUGCAUCGUGUCUCAUUUCCAUAAGAUGUCAUGGUAGAUGCCAAAAACAAAAAUACAGUAAAACAUGUUUAAGACGUUCCCGCAUAAUAAGUUUUCCAGCUUAUUGUCCCUUGAAAAAGUCUUAAUGGGAUUUUACUGUAAUUUUUACCAUAGGUAAAUUAAUAUUAGAUAUUAUUCUUCGAAAGUUAGCAUUUCAAUUUGCUUGCUUGUAUUACAUUAUUACGUUAAUGUAAAUUUAUUGGUCAUAUAGUUAAACAAUUUUGUGAAUCUCAAAUUUAGAAAAAAAAAUUUAAUCUGGUUUAAGGUUUAUAAGAAUUUCAUCUCAGCUUUAAAAAUAUAUGAUUUGAAAAAAUCUGGCACUAUUCAAUAAUCAGAGGUUUAAGAUAUGGUAACAUUGAAAUGAUUUGUUUGGGUGAAAACAGUAUUUCUUAUUCACAAAUCAUUUAAAUUUUCAAAAAAAAAAUUGUGAUUAAUUUAAAAUUGAACUGUAUUACUUAUAAAGCUCACUUGGUUCCAUAGUAUGUGAACUGCAUACAUUAUUCUUAACAUUUUCUUGUUAAAUCAUUUGUUUCAGCAAAAAAAAAAUAGUUAAUGUAAUAGCUAAGUUUUACAAUUAUCUUGAAAUACAAAUACUGUCUUGUAACUAUAAAUAAAAUAUAAUAAAAUCAGUUACAGCCCAAAUAGCGAAGAUCUUAAUUAGUACUAAAAAUAAAAAUGUUCUAAUUUUUUUUGGCAAGAAUCCACAUAAUUUUCUGAAAUACAUAAAAAAUUAUGUAUUCUGAUUUUCAGUAGUGAAUUUGUCUUUACUUUAGGUUAACAGAUAUAUUAUGUGUCUUUUUAAAAUUAAAAUACAUAUUAUGUUUUGGUACGGAGUAUUUUCCGUGAAGAACCUAGUCAUGUUUUGAGGUAAGUUAAAGAUUGGACUGUUCUUUAUUUUUUUAACUACACAUUUAUUUUGGAAAGUCUGGUAGGAAGCAUUAUCUGUAUUUCAAGCAUAAAAGUUUGUUCUGUUUAUCUUGAAAACAUUUCCCUAUCGUUUAUGUACAAAUUUAUAAGUUCAUUUUGCACUGUAUAGAAUGAAGUUUCAUUUUAUUUUAAUUUUCCUUUCCAUUUUUGUGAUACCCGGAGUUUGAAUGUAAAUUUUACUAAUUUGUUCUGGGAAGUGAAUUUAGCUGGGCAGUGCAAAAAUUAUGUGUAGUUUUCAUCAAAGUCACAGCACUGGAUGUGUGUGGUGAAUUCAGAGCAGAUAUAGAUAGUUUUUAAGUAAAUUAAUCUCUGGUUGAAAUUAUUUUUAAUGUUUGGAUUUACCCUGAUAGAACGAAUAUCACAAGUAUAUUGUUAAUAGAAUUUAUAGGAAAUCUUACAAGUAAUGCGAUAUGCACAGAUAAAAUUUGCAGCUGUGGCAAUGUUAAUAUUUACUGACCUAUAUUUUUUUUAUUGCUAGGUUUUAAAAGUUGUGCGUUAAAUGAUAGGGAAGGGGCCCGAUAAAAUCAUUUGCCUCCAGGUCCUUAGUUUCUCUCGACGGCCCUGUACACAGAUUGUUGUUUUAGUUAUGAACAGAUAUCUUUUUUACAUUUUAGACAUGAACAUACAAAUUAUCAUUCUUUCCUGCUAUUCUGUAUAUUUGAGUAAACUUUUUAUCACUUUUGUUGAUUACAUCAUUUAAAAUUUUCUUCUUUUUUUCUUUUCAUUUGUUUAAUGUAGUCUUCAAAUUUUGUAGCAGACGUAGAUACAGCCAUGUGAGUUAGUAAAAUGGUUCCUGUACCUUCAGUGCUCAGUGCACGAGACACGGUUGUGUUCAGUUCCGAAAGCAUAGAAUGUUCCUGGUUGUUACUGUACUUAAAAUGCUUCCUGCAGUUUACAAGGUGAUCAGUGGGCGUGUUGGUGCGGACAUCCGUUCAGUUUCAAGUUGUACUAUCGCAUGUAGGAUGUAGUUGUACAUUUGCAUUUGUUAUAAAGUUGAAUAAACUUCACCUAACAGUAGUUUUGCUAAUGUAGUAAACAAAUAGUGGGAUGGGGAAGUGGCUCCAAGGGCAGUCAGCACAAAGUUGUGUGGGAGAAGCAGCAUCUGUGAUUAGCACAGGGUUUUGCUGUGCGAUAUUACCAGUAUGUGUGUGUGUGUGUGUGUGUGUUGAUGUCUCCCUGUACUUAAGUAUAGGACUUCCAUGUAGCAAACGUUUGUUCAGGAAACAUAGAAUAAAUAUGUACCUACAA